AUGGAUGCCUCGUCUCCAAGGGCUGUGCCAUCGGUCAGGACUGGCCAACCGACCUUGUCGGGGGGCAUACAAAAGAGCCGGCAGCGCGCCAUCGCCGCGUGCCUGACUUGCCGUCGUCGGAAGGUUAAAUGUGACCAUGGUCAACCUACGUGCUCACCAUGUCUAAGAGGCAAUCGAGCCUGUUCAUACGUUAACUCGCAGUCGAAUCUGCCCGCCGUCGCAUCUGUGACUUCCACACGACCAACCAAUCGGACACCACGGUCCAACCUCCGUGCUGGUCAGGACGAGAUUCGGAAUCGUCUUGAAAGGCUGGAGAGACUGCUCGAACGGGCAAUAACUGGUGGUAGCAGCAACACUCACUCUCCUGACCUGCAUAUCGGCCAAGCUCGUGGCCCUCAGACACCCACCAAUGCCGGGAAAAGCUCCGAGACAACUGAUACCAAAGCUGUGAAUCUAAAGUGCGAAACCAUCUCAGUUGAUGGCUAUGACGGCGCGCUACUCUUGGAGGCAGAAGGUGGCCAAUCUCGUUGGGUGUCAUCUCUCCAUUAUGCCCUUCUCGCAGACGAGAUUCAUGAUGUAAAAAUACUUCUUGGGGACCAUGCCCAGGGUACUUCAACAGACAGUCCCUCGCCGUUGGAACAAACCAUUGUACCCUUUCCAUUUUCUACCGAGGUUCCCAUGGAUAGUUUAGCACCGUGGGCACCCAAGGCCGCUGAGGAAUGCUUCGUACUGCUAGAUAUAUUUUAUUCUAAUGUGGAUCCGAUGACGAGGCUAGUUCAUAAACCUUCCCUUCGAAAACGAUUUUUUCAGUAUACCAUGGAGAUAUAUGGGCCCAAUUCCCAGACUUCAACAGAUAACGGUACUCUACAACCUUCAUACCCUGCGAUACAUACGUUUGAACCCCUUGCUCUGGCCAUAUUCUACUCCGCUAUCAACAGUUUAUCUCCUGAGGCUGUUCAAGCGCGCUUUGCUACUGAAAAGGGACUGCUCCUUGCUAGGUUUCAACAAGGUGUGGAAUACGGCCUUGGAAAAGAAAGCUUCCUGACGACUCCUAGAAUUGAAGUUCUACAAGCCUUUGUACUUCUAUUAACUUGCCAGUCUCGGGAGGAUGACAUGUCGAGGACGUGGACACUAUUAGGCCUUGCGAUGCGGAUAGCACUUUCACAGGGUCUUCAUAGAGAGCCUUCGUUAUUUCCUUCAAAAAAUAUGGACGUCGUGCAGGUCGAGGUUCGGCGCAGGCUAUGGCAUCAGAUAUGCUACCUAGACUUUCGUUCUGCAGAAGGUAGAGGCCAAGAACCUACUAUAGCCGAUGAGGACUACACAACUCUUUUACCGCGGAAUAUUGAUGAUGAUGACCUUGUCGAAGGCGAACACUUGGUGGUAGGGACAUACUCACCGCCCGGAUUUACAGAUAUGACCGGUCACUUAAUCCGCUUGAAUGGAAUUCACUGUUUUAGGAGAAUUAUUCGCAGCACGUAUCGGUUAGAACGACGGCUUAAGUCCCUAGGCAUUAAUGGAAACAACGAUAUGUAUCCUGUCACAGAACUUCAGUCACUAUUCAUUGAAAUCCGAAAUAUGGUUGAUGAAAUGACUGCCCACUUACAAACACAGUACUUGCAGUAUUGUGAUCCAAAUGUGGCAAAACAACGUCUGGCUCUUGGUCUCGCUGCUGUUAUUGAAUGGCGCUGCUGGUCUAUAUUUUGGCUACGGACUCCAAAACAGUAUCGGGAAGCUGUUGUGGAUCCGGAGAUACGAGAGAGUGUUCUUACAAAGUCCAUUAGUUUGGUGGAGAGUAUGAAUAUGAUGCCUGAUGACAAGGACGCAGAGAAAUUCCAGUGGCAUAUCGGGGGACAUGCCUGCUUCCAGGCAAUCAUGCACAUUGUAUCUGAGCUUGGAACACCGGAAUUCCAGACCCCAACCCAUCAUUCACUCCGGUCUCGUGCAUUAGCUGUCCUGAAGAAGACAACGGAUGCAAGGGGGUCGGAACACAGUUCUACAUGGAACUUAAUUAACCGAAUUAUCUCCAAUUGUUUAGCCAAGAACACUCCCAGUAUCUUACCUUCGACUCCGUCAAAUGAUACCUACUACAUAUAUCAUGAGUCUGCGGAUUUAUCCCAGUCGCUCCAAGAAUCUCGGCCUAUAUUGGAGGACCUGACAACACAAGGCUUGCCAUUAUCUUCGUUAUUUGGCAUGGGAAGUCUAGAUAUGCAGGAUCCAUCUUUGACUUUUGACUGGGGAUUUUGGAAUGUUGACCCCACUGAUCCUAAUUCAUACUAA